UUGCACGAAAAAGUACAGUAUCGUAGUAUAUGGUUGAAUUCUGCAGUUGUGCAUAGUAUUAUUUCCUCUCGGCGACUCGAACUGAACUCCAAAGGGAUUUUUUAUUAACAAUGACUGGCAACAUUUGAUUCAUGUUGCUGUUGCUAAAGAGGUUGUGAGUGGUGAUGGUUUUGUUUUAACAUGUGAUGUAUUGUAAUUUAUAACUGUAGAUUCUGACAAAGGUUACUACAUACGGCUUCAAAUUUGGGCAUCCUGCAAUAACGUGUUGAUAUUGUUUUCAAUUAGUGUUAAAAAUUCGUUUGAACGGUUUCAGUUAAGCAUUUGGAAUGGAGGAAAAUGUUUUGUGUGAAUCAUUUGCAAUAAGUGAUGGAAACAUACUCUCCGAAGAUGUUGGCAUGAGUAAUUGUAAUGCUUCAGUUUGCCACUCGCCUCCUGAAAGCAAAACAGAUACAGUGUCGGCUGCGAACGAUUUGCUUCAAAAUGGAAUUUUAAUGGAAACUAAUAAAGGGUUGGUCUGCCUGUCGCUGAAGGACGUGCUGUCGACGGACGUGGGCGGCCUCAAGCUGUCCAUGGAGGACUUCCAGAACGUGGCCGUGCAGCUGCUGAGCCAGCACGGCGGCACGGUGUGCGCGACCGGCUCGGAGUCGACCCCUGGCAACAUCUUCCUCAGCAUCUCGCCGGGGUCCAUCGCAGACAUGGACGAGUGUCUGCCCCUGGAGGUGGUCCUGGACGUGAAGGAACCGGGCCAGCUGCGGUCGGUCUGCAAGAGGCAGCCGCCCAAGGGAGCGAGGGCCAAGCCGGCGGCCGCCCGGCAGGCGGGGCAAGGGCCCUCGCCCGCCCCCGCCUCCGCCCCGUCGCAGCAGAAGAGGCGGGGGGGCUGGCCCAAGGGGCGCAAGAGGAAGCCGCAGCUCGAGGAGAUGCACCCCCCGAAGGCCCCGGCCACGGGAUACGUGCUCUUCCUCAACGAGAAGCGCAGGAACUACAAGGACUUGCCGUUUCCCGAGGUUACGAAGCUGCUGGGCAACGAGUGGAGCAAGCUGAGCCUGGACGACAAGAAGGUGUACCUGGAGCAGGCGGAGGUGGAGAAGAAGCGGUACCGCGAGGAGCUCAGGGCGUACCGCCAGUCCGACGCCUACCAGGCGUUCCUCAACAGGAAGAGAGCCAAGCAUCUUCAAGGAAAUGGCACAGAAGAGUCUGACAUGGAUGCUACAGAUGAGAUAGAGGACGAAGACAACGAGGAGUUGUAUUGCCGCACUUGUGACCAAUGGUUCAGUUCGCUUCACAACAAGAAAGAACACUUGUAUGGGAGGCAGCACCUGCAGUCCAUCGCGGGGGACUUCUCCAAGAAGGGCCAGGCGGGCGAGCAGGAGGGGGGCAGCUCUACCCACUCCAUGUCGACGUCCCUCGACGAGUCCAGCAUGGACGGCACUGUGUUCUCGGGAGGGGGGCAGUGCCGAGGGGCGAGGUGCCGUCCGCCAGAGGCUGCCCCCGACAUGGAGGCCGCCCUGUCUCGGGUCAUGGCCACCUACCAAGGGCGGGAGCGUGAGAUCAGGGUGCUGAGCGGAGAGCGGGAGAGGCUGGAGACGGAGAACUCGGCGCUGGCUCGCCGGGCGGACGGGCUGAAGGGCCGGGUGGCGGGCCUGCUGGAAGGGCUGGAGGGGGAGCGGAGACGGGGCGGAGAGCUGGAGCAGCAGCAGUUCGACCUGCUCGCCCGGCUGGCGUCCCUGCUCUGCCCGGCCCCGAGCGCCCUCUCCUAGCGCAGCGGCGGGUCUGUGAACACCCCUGGAAAAAACACUAUCAACAGAUUUCCUUGCCUUGAAUCUUUAUAAACAAGUUUUCCUGUAAUAAGUUUAAGGUUUUUUUUUUGUCCCUCUGGAAACUUUGUACCAGGGCCUUAAUGUAUUUUGGGCCAUGUUUAUAGUGUUUCCUCGUCCUGGAAAGUCACAAGACUUGCUCUCGUAACAUGCAAACUCAGUAGAAAACCUUUUUUUGCAUUUUUAAAUGAAGAGGAAAAAUAACUACUUAAAUAAGGGAAAAGUGUGAAUGAAGGUAAAGUCUAAAAACACCCAAUGUGCACUCUUUUUUUUUCCCAUGCAAUCUUUAAAAAACAAUAUUUCAUAAAUGAGAGUAGUAAAAAAAAAUAUAAACCAAAUGCAGAAUGGGGCUACUAUUUUAUAUGUAGACCAAUGUCAAUAUUUUACGUUACAUAAUGAAAGUGCCACUUGUACUACCAUGCGUAAAGGCUGAAAGCUUGUGUUAAAAGUAGGCCUGUGUGAAAAUCAUUUUUUUAGUGUGAAUUGAAUAUAAAUACGAAUACCAAAUUAUUCUCGAGUAAGAAUAUACAAUUCAAAUAGUAAAACUGAGAAUUGUAUACCCAAAAAAAAA